AUGUUGGCAAGAUCGGCAUUGUUGGCGCAUACUGCCGAAAUCAGCUUGAAUGCUGCCCGCGCGGCUUCUGGUGAGAUUUUUGGGUUUUUUGUGAAAAAUUUGUUUUCAUUGGGGAAAUUUGCUGGGUUUUUGGGGGUGGUUUCAUUGGAAUCAAGAAGAGAAUAACUGGAAGAGUGUUUGGUGAAAAAAAUCUCUGAAAAUUGGAGAAUUUUGAUUUUUGCACGUAUUUUGUUUGUUCUUUGAGCUUUUGAGGGAAACAUAGUGUUUCUUAUCGGAAAUAAGUUUUAUAGAGGAAAAUUUAGUUUGUUUUGAGUCUACUGAAAAACGUGUACUAUGACGUGGAAAUCUGGAAAUUCAUUUUUUAUCUAAAAAUAACUAACAAGGGAGAUGCGUAGGUGAACUUUUGAUGAAACAAUUCGAAAUAUACCAAAUUGACCAUACUGAUCACGAUUUCGAAGUCAAAAAUUGUCACAAAUGCAUGUGAGCAUUUUUCUGGAGCUCCAAAGUUAGUUCGCCCAUUUUCACCUCAUUCCUGGGUGGAAAAUCAAUUUUUCUAAAAUGAAUAAGGUUGUUCACCACAUUCGAAAACCUAUCAGGUGCUUCUUAGUUUUUCAAAAAAAUUGGGUUUUCGAAUGUGGUGAAAAAACUUAUUCAUGUUAUAAAAAUUGAUUUUCCACCCAGGAACCAGGUGAAAAUGGACGAACUAACUUUGGAGCUCCAGAAAAGUGCUCACAUGCGUUUGUGGCAAUUUUUGACUUCGGAAUCGUGUUCAGCAUGGUCAAUUUAGUAUAUUUCGAUAUUUUUCAUCAAACCUGACUCUAUGCACCUCCCUUGUUAGUUAUUUUUAGAUUUAACAAAAUGAAUUUCAGAUUUCCACGUCAUAGUACACGUUUUUCAGUAGUUAAAAACCCUCGAAACAAACUAAAUGUUCCUCUAUAAAACUUUUUUCCGAUAAGAAACACUAUUUUUCUCUCAAAAGCUCAUAGAACAAACAAAAUACGUGCAAAAAUCAAAAUUCUCCAAUUUUCAGCGAUUUAUUCACCAAACACUCUUCCGAUUUUUCCCUACUUGAUUCCAAUGAACACCUAUCCACUUCCCUUGUAAAAUUCGGAUUUUUUUAGCCUUUAAAUCAUGUUUUGCAGCUGCCCCACAAACCGGCAAACGCAUCAAAACCUUCGAAAUCUACCGCUUCAACCCGGAAGCACCAGCCGCCAAGCCAACCGUUCAAAAAUUCGAAGUUGAUCUCGAUCAAUGCGGAACAAUGAUUCUCGACGCUCUCAUCAAAAUCAAAAACGAAGUCGAUCCAAGUUUGACAUUCCGCAGAAGUUGUCGUGAAGGAAUUUGCGGAUCGUGCGCUAUGAACAUCGGCGGACAAAACACUUUGGCUUGCAUCUGCAAAAUUGAUUCGGACACCUCGAAAUCCACCAAGAUCUAUCCACUUCCCCAUAUGUUUGUUGUCAAGGAUUUGGUACCAGACAUGAACUUGUUCUACGCUCAAUAUGCAUCGAUUCAACCAUGGAUUCAAAAGAAAACACCAUUGACUUUGGGAGAAAAACAAAUGCAUCAAAGUAUUGCGGAACGAGACAGAUUGGUUAGUUGGGAAAACUGGAAAAUGUUAAAAAAAAAGUUUCUUUCAGGACGGACUCUACGAAUGUAUCUUGUGCGCUUGCUGCUCAACAUCUUGCCCAUCUUAUUGGUGGAACGCUGACAAGUAUCUUGGACCAGCUGUUCUUAUGCAAGCCUACAGGUUUGGAUAAUUUUCUUGUCUUGACAAGGAUUUUUGUGUUGAUAAAAAAUAUGUUUUCUAGUUCAACUAUAGUUGGACAUCGAGUAAAUAACAUUUUCAUGUUUUUUUUAACUAAAUUAGUUGAAAUAUUGGGUUUUAAUUUUAUUCAUAUGAUAGAAUGGUCUAAGACAAACCGAAUGAUAUAAAUUUUGAUGACUUUACGUUAUCCAUAAGUGAUUUAGCGACUUUUAGUCGAUAAGCCGAGUCGAUCGACUAAACGUCGCUAAAUCACUUAUGGAUAAGGUAAAGUCAUCAAAAUUUAUAUCAUUCUGUUCGUCUUAGACCAUUCUAUCCUAUGCAUACGAUUAAAAUCCAAUAUUUCAACUCAUUUACUCAAAAAACAUGAAAAUGUCAUUUAGUCGAUAUCCAACUAUAAGCAUACAUAAAAUAGGUCCCCCGAGUCAGUUUUCAGAGUUAGGGUCCCUCUUUGAAAAUUUUCCAAAGUUAAACACCUUCCUCACAUUUUUGAGCGAAUUUUGGACAAAUCUGGGAAUUUUGGUAAAUUAUCAGCAGAAAAUUGGUCAAGUUAGGCACCCUUCCCUUCAGAUUUUUGAAAAAAGUUAAGCCCCUCACCCUGAUUCUGGGGACCCAUUUUAUGUAUGACUAUAAGUUCGUAUCGCUGAUCACGAUCCCGCUGCCUAAAAUAAAAUUGUAGCACGCAUUUUUUUUCUGAAGAAAAAACGGCAACGCCAGUUUAAAGGGACAUAAAUCAUUUGUAAUGGAAAAACUCAGAUUGGCUGAACCGUAUGAAAAGUUACAUACACCAUUCGAAUCUACGUAAAAAACUGCAUCGAAAUAAGGUUCGAGUGAUGGAUUUAGUGUAACUUUUUUCUCGCGGUAUUCGUUACGGGACCCAAUUGCUUUUUCGAAAAAAAUUCCUUUAAGAGAGAGCGUGCGAAAAAGAGAGACGCUGUUGCGCAGAGAGAUUUUUCGUGCAAACACGCUGACGCACGAAUGCACCACACACGUAGGGGUUCGCACCGUAGUUUUUCCAGCAAUUUCCUCGCUUGAAAAUACGUGGUAGGACUCAACUCCUAACAUGAGAUAUGACGGGGAAAAGUUCGAAAAUUUCAAAAAUCGGGAUUUUGGGAGCUGAAAACUAGCUUUAAAAUAAUUAGAAUAAUUUUUGAAGCUAGUUUUCGAAUAUUUCUAAAACGCGGGGUUUCGGGAGCUGCAAACUUUAAUUAAAUGAAAAUCAUGUUUUAAGUUUUCAGGUCUCCCAAAAUCCCGAAUUUCGGAAUUUUUAAACAUUUUUCCACGUCAUAACUAAUGUUAAGAGUUGAGUUCUGCAAUUUUAGACAUCGGAAUCGUGAUCAGCUGGUCGAAAACUACUUGAAAACAUAUAUUUUUUCAAAAAAGCUGUGAGAAAAAGCUUUCAAAAUCUUGAUUCUUUAUUAUUUUCUAAUGAAAAUACCUCAAAUUUUAUUUCGUUGGCCUAGAAAAUCCGAAAAAUCCACCAUUUUCUCCAGAUGGGUCAUCGAUUCACGUGACGACUAUGCAACUGAACGCCUUCACCGUAUGCACGACUCAUUCUCGGCUUUCAAAUGUCACACCAUCAUGAAUUGCACCAAAACUUGCCCCAAGGUGAGUUUUUUCUGAAAUAUAGUCUAGUUUCAGCCAAAAAUAAAUCAAUUUUGCAGCAUUUGAACCCAGCCAAGGCAAUCGGAGAGAUCAAAUCAUUGUUGACCGGAAUAAAAUCGAAACCAGCCGUCGAUCCAGCAGCAUUUUAA